AUGGUUUUCAUGGCGAUGUGUUCCUGCACCCACACCAAAGCCAACUAUAACCCCUGGUGGAGACUGGACCUCCUGAAGACCUACAAAGUGUUCUCCAUCAUCAUCACUAACACAGUGGACAUAUGUGCUGUGAUCUCCUCUAUACCUGGGGGCUUCUCCAGCACCUUCCAGUGUAACGGGAUGGAGGGUCGACACGUCAACGUGGUCAUUCCAGGAAGAAGUGAACACCUGACCCUGUGUGAGGUGGAGGUUGUCAUGAUGAUCGAUGUCUAG